AUGGUGUACCGGAAUACAGACCCGCCCUGCUGCAGCUUCUGUCUCCGAUUCCUCGAGAAGGACCCGCCGGAGUUCAGGUGCGAUGGGUGCAAAUUGGAGUGCUACUGCUCCACGGCAUGCAAGGACGAGGCUCGGCGGUUGUACCACUCGAGUGAUGGAGAGUGCGCCGCCUUCGAGGCUGGAAUAGAAGCGGAGGCGAUCGACUUUGAGUUUGGGGACGUCCCUGAGAGGUUCCUGCUCCGCGUCUUGUCCCAAGCCGGCGGGUGGCGCACACCCGGCGGGCCGAUGGUGGUUGGCGCAGGCGUCGAUCGGGUGCGGAUGCUGCAGGCGCACGUGCCGGCACCGGACACGGAGGAACGCGGUCGAUUGGCGGGGAUAUCGCGCAACACGCUCAGGCUGAUGGACGAAUCGGUGGAGGACGGCGUGAGGGUCGUGGAUCCUUCUGGCGAUGAACCCGCGACGACGUCGCGUUACGGCGAAGCCGAGUUGACGCAGCUGUUGUGCAGCGUCAAUUGCAACGCCCACACGCUCUACGCGAACGACCGUUCAUCUCUCGUGCCGGUUGGAAUCGCAGUGUACUUACAGGGCUCCGCCUUCAACCACUCGUGCGUUCCGAGCGCCGAGUUCUGCAACGUUGGGACCUCCCUGACGGUGCGCUCGCUGCGGCGAGUGCAGGCGGGUGAGGAAAUCACGGUGAGCUACGUCCCCACGACGAUGAACUUGAAAGAAAGAAGAAGGUGUCUUGAGGGGCAGUACAAGUUCGUGUGUGCAUGUGCUCGAUGCGUGGCCGAGGACGUGAGUUGA